CUCAGUGACGAGGAAGUGACACAGGAACAGGUAGAGAGAGCGAACAGGCAGCCCCAGAGAAGCUCCUGCUCACAGUCAACAUGUCUGCAGAUGGAACCAAGCUGCUGUUCGAGGGCUUUCUGCAGAAGAGAAAAGACACUCUGAAGAUGAGGUGGGUCACAUACUGGUUCAGACUCCAAAACACAACCUUGUUCUUCUACACCAAGAAGAAUGGCAGUGCUUCGCACUUGAGAGGCUAUUACUACAUCUACACAGUGCAGUCGGUAAGAGAAGUCCAGAAAACUGACAGACAUCGCUUCAUGUUUGAAAUCGUCAUGACAAACGGAAAAAGGAAAGUGUUGGCAGCAGAGACGGCGGCUCUCAGGAAGGAGUGGGUCGGACACCUGUGGAAGGCCAUGAAUCUCUCCACCUCUGGGCUCUCCAGCUCUGGAGUCGCUCUCCCCCAGCGUGAGCAGCAGCCAGACAGAGUAGACAGCAUCACAUCCGUCCACUGCAGCGACAGUGUGGUCGAGCUGCCUCCUCCUGGUCCGCAGCCUUCAGAAGACACAAGCAUCCAACCUCCCAUGGACCAGCCGGAGGAGCCCAGCAAUGGUCCUCAGUGGUGCAGUGUGCUGGACACGGCAGAGGACAGACAGGAAGGAGACUAUGAUGUGUUACCCAUCAGAAACAAGACGUGUGAGCCCAGCCUCGCACCAGAGAUGGAGGACAACGUGUACGACUUCCCUCAGUCUUACAGGAAUUCAGCCCAACAUCAGGAUUCAGAGCUCACAGAGAGCAUCUACGACGUGCCAAGCUCUCUUCUGAGGGACACGCCUGAUGACACUACAGACGAGCAGCUGGAGAAGGAAACAAACUGGAAGAUGGAGUCUGAGGACAACAGCAGCACAUGUAGCUCACAGUUCAUCUGAUGUCUUUGUACAGACUGCUCCUGCUUAAUGUCUGCAGCCCUGAGGUCCACGUUCAAGUCAAAGUGUAUUUAUACAACAGAUAUAACAAGUAAAUAGUUUUUGGAGA